UUUCAUUUUUAUCAAAGAGUUAAGUUGAUUAUUAAAACGUCAUAUUAGUUUGUGUGGGUUUUAUUUACUUUCUGUGUAGGUUAUGGGUUGCAUUUUACUAGAUGAGUCGGAAUCCUCUGUAUUUUUGCAAUCGCGGCAGGCUUCUCAAUUGAUAACAGAUAUACUCGCUUUUGUUUUCUAUGGGUGUAAUGAGAGGAAUGUGACUCGGAUGAGUGUUUGCUUGUUUUAUUUUGACUUUAAGAUGAAUGUGGAACUAGCCUAGGUUAUUUUUCGUACAAUGACUUAUUUGUUUAUAGACGGCCGGUAGCUAGUGAACAUAAUGAUGUCCAUAAACUGGAACGAUUGUGCCUGACCAUUUCUCAGCUAACGUAAGCUGAUAGUUAGCUAGCAAGCUAGUUAACGUUACCUGGCCUUCAGGAAGAUGGCAAGCAUGACUUGUCAAUCGUUGCAGUCGAUCAAUGCCAAUAUUUGUCUUUAAUGUGCUUAAAAAACAGGGCGUCGUAAACCAAGAGUGUGAACGAUAGGCCCUACGUGUUUUAUUUUAGUAGAAAAUAAGGAGCUGUGUAGCUAACGUUAGGUACUUUCAUGUUAGCCCUUUUGCUAACAUUACCUAGCCGGGAAGCUUAGGAGUUCACCGACACUAUUGUAACCUCUGCAAGUUUGCUCGUACUAAGUUAGCCAACCAAUAUACACUGCCACUUUUUUUAUGCUUACCAGCAGGUUGUUUGUUACGUAAGCGUUUAUCAAAACGACGUAUCUCAAUUAGCUAAUCCUGAACUGCCAGUUACCAUAUGGACUUUCAUUUUUGCACUUUGAACUUCAGACAUAGUUUCUUUGGCGUGUUGUUGAGACUUUUACAAAUUUCAUUUAUAUGUCAGAUAACAUUUUAAAGUGCCAAAAUCGCUUCUAGAAGUUGCACAUUGAUUCUCAUUAACGAUGCGGCUAUAACGGAGCACAUGUGCUUCCGGGUUCGAUGUUGCUGUUCUGUGGAUGAUGAUGCGGUUGACCUGGCUGAUAUCAGGAAUUAAUCGACGAAUGAUGAAACUCCUUGUCGCCCUUGCCUUGAUUGCCUACAUUGCCUCUGUCUGGGGAACCUACACAAAUAUGAGGUCCAUACAGGAGCAAGGAGAGGUGCGGAUUAAGGAGAAGAUUGAUGAGGUAGUUGCACCCUUAAGAGAGAAGAUCCAUGAUCUAGAGUUGAGUUGCUUGCAGAAGUACCCCCCUGUGAAAUUCCUGUCGGAGAAGGAUCGCAAGAGGAUUCUGAUCACUGGAGGGGCGGGCUUCGUGGGGUCCCACCUGACAGACAAGCUGAUGAUGGAUGGCCACGAGGUGACUGUGGUGGAUAACUUCUUCACCGGCCGCAAACGCAAUGUGGAGCACUGGAUUGGCCACGAGAACUUCGAGCUGAUCAACCAUGAUGUGGUUGAGCCUCUCUACAUUGAGGUGGACCAGAUCUUUCACUUGGCCUCUCCAGCUUCUCCCCCAAACUACAUGUAUAACCCCAUCAAAACACUGAAGACCAACACCAUUGGGACCUUGAACAUGUUGGGGUUGGCCAAACGCGUCGGGGCACGUCUGAUCCUGGCCUCCACAUCAGAGGUGUACGGAGACCCAGAAGUCCACCCUCAGAAUGAGGAAUACUGGGGUCACGUAAACCCCAUUGGUCCGCGGGCGUGCUAUGACGAGGGCAAGCGUGUAGCUGAGACCAUGUGCUAUGCCUACAUGAAGCAGGAAGGCGUGGAGGUGAGAGUGGCCCGCAUCUUCAACACGUUCGGCCCACGCAUGCACAUGAAUGACGGGCGCGUGGUGAGCAACUUCAUCCUGCAGGCUCUACAGGGUGAGGGCCUCACGGUGUAUGGUUCUGGAUCUCAGACAAGAGCCUUUCAGUAUGUGAGUGACCUGGUCAAUGGGCUGGUUUCCUUAAUGAACAGCAACAUAAGUAGUCCUGUCAAUCUGGGAAACCCAGAAGAACACACCAUACUGGAGUUUGCUCAGCUUAUAAAGAGCCUGGUUGGGAGUCGCAGUCAGAUCCAGUUCCUCCCAGAGGCCCAGGAUGAUCCCCAAAGGAGACGACCCGACAUCCGCAAGGCCAAGAUGAUGCUGGGAUGGGAGCCAGUGGUACCUUUGGAAGAGGGUCUGAACAAAACGAUCCAGUACUUUGACCGAGAGCUGAAAAACCAGGCCAACAACCAGUACAUCCCCAAGCCAAAGGCUGCCCGCAUGAAGAAAGGCAGACCCAGACACAACUGAGACGUCAGCGCACAACGGAGCACUCUCUCUCAGGGACGCUGUGGGAGACAUUCUGAGGCAAAGGACAGCAUGUUUUGAGGGACAGUCAAUACAAGAAAAUGUGAUUUUGUCAGUCUUUUUUGAAUGUCUGUCUUCCUGCUUUAAACUGGGACGUGAUCAUCAUGGAGAAAUGGCUUUCAGUCUGAGGUUCGUAUAAAGACAGACGGACGGACGGACGGAUAGAUAGACAGACAGACAGACAGACAGACAUGCCUCAGAGAAGCUGCAGAUACAGAAAGAGUACGAGAACAACAGAGCCACAGACAUUGCCUUGCACUAUUGUGUUGUGCGUUGUCCCCUUUAUUUAAAGAUGAACUGCGAAUUUCAUGAGCCAUUUGUAUCUCAAUGAUAUGUCAGACUGUGCAGUAUGUUUUCUUGUUUUUUUUUUUUUUUUUUUUUUUUUUCCUUGUCAUGAUCAUGCUUAUUCAUUGCCAUAAAAAAGCUAUGGGUGUCUCUUCAUUUGUCUUUAUGUGGAAAGACAUCUGUUGUAAGUGUAGAGCAUUUAUAACGUUUUAAAGAGCUUGACUGUGCUCCUCUGGUUCACCUCACAGCCUGCAGGGCAUCAAAUGGGUGAAGGGAAGAUUGCGCGACGGGGGAAAGAAAAAGCAGAAAAACGUUUUCUGUUUUUUUUUUUUUCUGCUCUGCCUUGUGUUGUGAGUUUUGAAGCCAUUUCUUUUUGUUGUUUUACAUUUGUAAGAUGUACACCUGUGUGCAUGUGCAUGCGCGCACACACACACACACACACACACACACACACACACACACACACACAAACACAAACACACAGAAAUCCACACAUGCACAAUCACAAUUUACAGAAUCUUUAACCCCCACAUUUGAUUUCAAGAGGGGAAAAGGCUAUUUUAAUAAUAAAUAUUUACAGUGUUUGUGA